GUCUACGAAGCCUCACCGCCAGAGGAUUGGAAGAGGGAACCCUUCAAUCGCGUCUAACUCCGGCGAGGGGAAUUUCCAAUACGCAAUAGGCAACUGACUCUCCCCGCUACAAAGGGAAGACGCCUCGAUCGCCGCCAGCGUGCCAACCCCCCCACCGCGCCUCCGCGCUCGCAGCCUCCAUCCUCUAGCGAAACCCUCAGUAAUGGCAGCUACGGUGGAGACUCCGAAGGGUGAUGUCAAGCCGGUGAUUGUUAGGGUUAAGAGAAAGGCAACACAGUCUCGUCUCGAUGCUUUCUGGCUUGAAAUCAAUGAGAGACCAUUCAAGCGGCCAUUGAUUGACUUUGAGAAGCUAUCAGUUUCUGAUUCCAGUUCUUCCAAAGAGGAAUUGAAGACAAAAAAGGUUUUUGUUCAACAUGUUGAGACUGUAAUUAGCUCAGAAGUCACUGCUGAUCUUGUGCUGUCUUUUGUGUGCGACUCGACUAGUUCUUCAAUAGUCAAAGAGAAAAUUGAGGGAAGAAGACACACCUUCAAGGCUGACAAUCAUGUGCAAAGGCAAGGACAACUUCUUACAAAAGCUAAACAAAAACAAGUGGAUUUGUCAAAAAAUGCUCGUUUUGAGCAAAUAUGGAAAAGCAGGCGAGGAAAGGAUUAUAUGCACGAUGAUGCACUCAAUGAGGUGUGCCGACUGUAUAAUGUUGUUCGUGUUGAUACACAUGAAAAUCCUCAUAAAUUCCCUGAAGGAGAUGAGGAGUUGGAAGAUCAUAGAAUGAUGUCACAGUAUUUGCCGCUUUUAAGAGAAUGCAUGCCAAGUGCUGCUGAGGAAAUUGAGUCUGAUAUGCACGACUAUAUCUCCAAAAGAGCAUCUUCAGAUGGGUAUGUCUAUGAUUUCUAUGCCAUAAAGGAUGGUGUUGACACCAUGGAAGAAGCAACCACUAACCAUUUUCCUCUGGUUCGAGUUGAUGAUGAGGAUGACUUCUACGACGGUCCAGAUGAUCCAGAAUAUGAAACUGACGAUUCUAACGAUGAAAACAACCCACGGAAUGAUUACCCUGAAGAAAACUCAUCUGGGGAAGAGGAUGAAAGUGGAACUCAAUCCUCAAAUGAAGACCAGUCAGAUGCUGAGAGCGAAUCUUCCUCUGAUGAAAGCGGAGAUGAUAUAUCUUCUCAUAAUGGAGAGGGUUUGGAUUGCCGUGACUUGUCAGGUGAUGGGGAUCUGUUUCUUGAAGAUGAUAUGUGUAGCGUUGAUGAUGGUGAAUUGUAUGAUUAUGAAGAUCUUGAUGAGGAAGAAGAUUAGUGGUGAUUUCAGAAUUAAGCGUGUUCUUGUAGGUAGGUACGCAUAUCUAUUCGUAGUUUUAAGUUUUAACUAUACAUUAUCAUGUACAAUAUUGAAUUGUGCUCUGGCUUCCCUUUCCAUUAAUUCAUGCAUUGUGGUUAAUUGAUUAUAGAACAGUUGAUUCCUACUUUUCCCCCGAUCAGUUAGUUCCACGUCCGAUUCCAGA